GUAGCAAGUGCAUAUACACACAGCAAGUGGAUGCUCCUCGCGAGCAUGUGUGCGUGCGCCAGUGCCGCUCCUCGAUCGUUCUUCAAAAAGUGCGCAAGUGCAUCGGCAGCAGGAGUUUAUACACACGGCUUGAAACUAUAACGCCAAACGACAACGACAGAGGCAGUUCCAAGGCGGCGGAAUAGCGGCCGCGCACGUUUCGUUCUCUCGUCCGACUGGCGUGCGCGAUGUGCACGGGGAGAUGCGCCGCCGCCACCACCACAGCCACUGCCUACUACGCUACAGCUACUACCGUUACUACUCGCAUCUCGUCGCGCUACCGUCGCCGAGUCGAUAAAACUGCACGGGGUUGAUUUUCUCUCUCUCUCCAGCGUCGGCGCGUCUACAUCUGUACGCUGCUGCUGCUUUAACAAGGGAGAGAGACAACUGUCACGCUGCCUGCUGCACUGUGCUCUUGUGUUUUGUAGCGCACAGAUAGAGAGACACGACCUGGCGCCGCUCGCGAUAACUGCACACAAAACGCGCACACACGGCCUAGGAUACGGAGCACGAUCUAUCGCUGGCAUCUCUUUCUCUCUCUAUUUUUUGCCGAGUGUCGAGUGCAGCCGAGUAGUAGUUGAGCGCUCCCCCGCUCGAGUUGCAGCCUCGUGCUCGACACACACGACUUUGUGCUGCUGCUCUAGCCCAUGCCGCUUCCUCCACGCAGUCGUCCACGGGAGGAGCUUUCAUCGCGCCUGCAACGGCCAGCUUGUAUCGUUGCAUCGGCCAACGACGCAUCGCAGCCAACCACGCCGCCGUCCGAGCACCCGCGACAGACUCGUUGACACCGACGGAGUUUCGUAAAGCAGAGGCACAGUCUGUCCUCACGCACGCACACACACCCACACACACAACGGACACAUUGACACGGAACUGCACGCGGUAGUCGUGUGUCAAAAGAGAGCCGAAUGCUGAAAUCACGAGCGCCGAGUAUCAUUGAAACAGAAGUAGUAGCAGCAGCAGAAACAGCGGCAGCAGUCAGCGUCAGCGAGGUGCUCGAGAGUCUCGCGCGACGAAGAAUAGCGACUACCGCAGCCAACAAAAAAAGAAUUGCGAGCUAGGUGCUUUGUCGACGACGCUGCUGCACCUGCGUAAUAAUAUCGCCUUUCGCGAUCUAUCGUGUGUGUGCGUGUGCCGCUCGAUUGAUAUUGUUGAUGACGGAGCAUUCGGCGCUUCUUUACGCAGACACGCCGUCGCCGCCACCGCUGCACUGCAACAUCACAGUAUUAUCAUUCAAUCGACAUGCCGCUGCCGCGUCUCACUCUCAAGCGAGUUUUCCUCUACAUAGUCUGCUUGACCGGCACCUUUCUCGUCUUCGUCAACGUGAAGCAGAAGGAAAUAUGGCACGGAAUGCGAGCUGAAUCCGUUCAGCCGACCAAAACUGCCGCCGCCGCCGCGGCUGCGCUCGAAAACGCCAAAAUAAAGCUACUAAUGGCACCUGUGAAAAGUGCGACGACGCAGCAGAAAAUCUCGGUGCCGCGUGCCGGUCGAUUGAGACCCGCGCGAAGAAAGCUGCCACUUGUCGAGGUCUCCAAUGUUACUGGCUCGUUUAAUCCGGAAGACAUAAUCGAUAUCAGCGAUCCGUCUAAGAGGCCGUGGUACAUGAAAGGCGGUCAAAGGAGACCGCAUGCUGCUUUGAGAUCUCGUCGCAGUGGUAAGCGCUUGGCUCGUCUUUGGCCCGAAGAAAAUCCAAAUGACGAUCGUGUUACUAAUCAGUUGAUGUUUGUACCACCGGAUUACAAUAGGUCAAACCACGAAAUACGUUUCAAGAAAAUUUACAUUCCGCACGGAAUGAAUGAAGCCAAAAGUGGUCCGGAUCUUUUCUUCCAACAAGGAUGUCCUGUAAAUACGUGUUUGAUUACACGCGACAAUCCUAACGACGCCGACUUGAUCAUUUUCAAAGAUUACGUUACACACGUCGGAAAGCGUAAUCCUAAUCAAGCUUGGAUGCUGUACUUUUUGGAGUGCCCUUAUCACACUCAAAGCGUCAAGAACGCAAUUGUGAAUUGGACAGCAACAUACCGGCAUGACAGUGACAUAGUGGCGCCCUAUGAAAGAUGGCAGUAUCACAACCCAAAAGUCACACAAAUUCCACAGAGCUUCAAUUAUGCUGCCAAUAAAACAAAGAAGGUUGCAUGGUUCGUGUCAAACUGCCAUCCCAGAAAUCAGCGAAUGAACUAUGCCAAAGAACUUUCCAAAUACAUUCAAGUCGACAUUUAUGGAGCUUGCGGUACAUUGAGAUGUUCAAGAUCACAAGCUCAGGCCUGCUUUGGGAUGCUCGACGCCGACUACAAAUUUUACUUGGCCUUUGAAAAUUCCAACUGCCGAGAUUAUAUUACAGAAAAGUUUUUCGUCAAUGGUCUAGGGCACAAUGUACUGCCGAUCGUGAUGGGCGCGCAUCCGGUGGAUUACGCUCGCGCCGCUCCCUAUCGAUCGUACAUCCACGUGGACGAGUUCGAGUCGCCGAAGGAGUUGGCCCAGUACCUGCAUCGUCUCGACGCCGACGACGAGCUCUACAACUCGUAUUUCCGCUGGAAGGGCACGGGCGAGUUCAUCAACACGUACUUCUGGUGUCGGGUCUGCGCCAUGCUCCACGACUCGCAGCGCAGCCACAAGCACUACAAGGACGUGAACGAGUGGUGGCGCGGAGAGGGCAUCUGCGCGCCCAACUCCUGGCGCGAGCUCGAGCACCUGAAGAACACCUGAGAGCAACUGAUGAACAGUACCGAGCCGGUAGCUGUGGACGAUCCUUACGAUUUGAACGGCAACGCCGUUUCGUGAUCGACGACGACGAUCGCCGCCUCCUCGUUGGACGAGGACGAGGAGUAUCGCGAGUACAGUCCCGAGUACGAGGAACAGAUACUCUACAAAUGAUCUUGUUGCUAAACAACGAUUGCGGUCGUCGAGAAAAGCAUAGAUACCAACUUUUUCAACGAUUUUCCAAAUGAUUCGCACUUUUGUUAAAAAAAAAGUCAAAAAAAAAACAAACGAAAAAUUAACGGUAAGCACAAACGUUAACGCACAAAUGAUGUUAUUCAUUUUGACAUUCGUACCAGUGCGAAAAAAGCUGUAUCUAUUUAACUACAAGGUUUUCUCAAUUGUCGAUUUGAUAACGCGAUCGACGUGAGAGAGAAAAAAAUUCAAUGGAGCUAGUACAUGACAGGAAGUUUUUAUAAAAAUUUUGACAUCGGGUAUCAUUAAUUUUCUGUAGGACAUUAAUACUGUAUGACUAUGUAACAUUUAAGACACUCAGGUUACCGCUAGUCUGAUAGGCUUUUAAAUACCAUGUCUACAGCAGAAAAUCAUUUAUAAUGAAAUGUGCAAUUUAAAGCGUUGAUUAUUGUGUUACAUUAUCAUUUAAAGCUGCACAGGAUUGGCUCUGUGUGUUGAUAAAAGUAGCUUAUUAUAAAGAAACUAUACAUACUGUUUAUCAAAGAUAAAUCGAUAAGAAGAUGAUAGCGGCUCAAAGCCACUAAAUAUUUUUUUAGAAUUACAAGAUUAAAUAUAAAAAUUGAAUUGAAAGAAAGGAAUUCUAACGAGAUUUGAAUAAUUGUCUUAGGUUAAUGCAAUAUUAUACACGAGUUAGCGUGGUCAUGUAAAAAUGAAGAAAAUACUGUGUAUUGAUAUGUGUAAGUAAGUAUGCGUUAGAAAAAAUCGUUGAAAAUCAAUUAUUUUUUUAUUUGAAUCAAUUAAAAAAUUAAUUAUUAAAAAUUUUCGUGGUAAUUUUUUGCAAAUGAAUUGUGAAAAUUUGCUCUUAUUGCCAAAAAGAGAAUCACUUUAACGUGUAGUUGAAUUUUUCUGUGAAGUUCAAGUGUGCCUAUUUGACCGACGAAUAGACACCUUCAAAAUUCAAACUUUCAUCUUGAAUAGUAUUGUCGAAUUAAAUGAAGAACAUUUUUCAGUCCACAAUUAUUUAAGUUUUUGGGCCAAUUAAUAUAGUUCCUAGUACAUAUUAAACAUUCGUGUGAUUUAAAUUCAAUCUGUUGAUAUUUUUUAACGUAUUGCGAAAUUGUGGCGAAAAUGAUUUUGGCAAGAUAACAGAUUCAAACGCGCAAAUCAUUCAAAACCAGGUUCCUUAAUUAUUUUUACUGAAAACUAGAAAAUAAAAAAAAAUUUAGUAUAAAAAGAGUAGUUUUUACCGAAGACAAUUUUCAUUAGCAAAUGAAAACAAUUUUCCUUAGUGAACGUAUACUCCAUUCAAAAAUAUUGCUUAUUUUUGAUGAGACAAUCUUAAUUAAUCUAUGAAAAAGAAUAAUGAACAUCGUAAAAUCUAGCAGCAUCAUUAUCCGUAAAUGAAUUUUAUGAACAGGUUUGGCAUUAACUUAUUUUACAAACGACUUUUUUUCACUUUUGAUAUUUAAAUGUACUGCAGGAUUUAAUGUAUAUACUAUAUACAUAUACACUAAUUACAAAUGAAUCGUAUUGAGAGGAAAGGUCAAUAACAUUGUUUAAAAAAGUUUGUAAUCACAUUAUCGAAGAUGAAGCACAAUUUUAAUGUUUUUACAAUUACAACAAUUUAUUUCGAUAAUCAAAAGUUUCAAGAAUUUUCAGUAUUAUUUAUGGUAUUAAUAAUAUUAAGAAUUACGAGUUGAUCUCGUUUUUGUGAUUUUAAAGUAUUUUUAUUUUUAAUUAAAAUAAUUAUUAAUUAACAAAAACGGAUGUUAUAGUUUAAUUAUGCAAAUCUAAUUUGUAACCAUGAUCAGAUAGCACAUCGAAAAAUAGCCUACAUAAUAUAAGAUAAAAAAUUCUAUUAUAAAGAGGUUGUAGAAAAAAAUCUUCGAUGGUCGCCGAAUUAGUUUUUUUGUUGGUA